CCCCGCCCCCAUCCCCUGACAAUCGUUGCACCCAGAUCAUGGCGAUCAGCCGCGCUGCCGGUUUGGGCCUACACUUGGCCGUGCUGGUUUGGUACUUGGUUGCUGUGCAACAAAAUUUAUCAGUCACCGCCGGCGGCCGGCACGUCGGCGCUGCCUCUUAUGGCGGGCGCUGGAAAUACCUCACCUUCAUCAACAUGAUUCUGCAGACCAGCUUUUUUGGAUUGUGUGUCCUCACGGAUCUCCUGAACCUCCUUCCUCAACCCAAUAAAAGAGUGCAGCACUUCACCUAUCGUAUCGGUGUUCUACAGGACUGGUUCUUCACAGCCCUGGCAUUCCCUGUGGGCUUUUUUGUCGUUGUGAGUUUCUGGUUGAUUUAUGCCUAUGACCGUGAGCUUGUUUACCCAAAGAUUCUUGACCAGAUCAUCCCAACAUGGCUGAAUCAUGCCAUGCACACGUUGGUUCUGGUGCUAUUGAUGGUAGAACUAACCAUUGUGCCACAUCAAUGUUCCAAUCGUAAGGGAGGCAUUGCAGUUCUUGUUACUUUCUGCAGCUGCUACUUACUGUGGGUGUUAUGGAUUCACUACAUAUCAGCCAUCUGGGUAUACCCCAUUCUGGAGGUGCUGAGCCCAUUUGCCAUGGGAAUCUUUCUUGCAGUAGCUGUUCUUAUAACUGUCUUACUGUAUAUUGUGGGAGAGAAAUUACAUCACUGGAGAUGGGGCACUGCGAAAUUGAUGAAAAAGCUUGAUUGAGCAGCUAGAAAUUCAUUAUAUGAAGAUGGCAGAUGUACAAUGUUUGAUGAUUGUUGCCAUCUCUAUGACGAGUUGCGAUAUGGCUUGAUAACAAUGAUAUUUCUCUCCCUAUCAUAUUUCCUAUUUAAUCUAGAGAAGAUGGAAUUCCAUUAGAACGUUCUAUGUGUAGGAAGGAACCCCAGAUGCUGGUUUAAAUCAAAGGUAGACACAAAAUGCCUGAGUAACUCAGCGGGACAGGCAGCAUUUCAGGAGAGAAGGAAUGGGUGAUGUUUCGGGUUGAGAUCCUUCAUCAGACUGAACUUUCUGUGUGAUGGCUUCCAAACUACUGACUCAUUCCCGACAUCAGUCACUUAGAGGUAAACAAAAAGAUACAUGAUGCACUAGAAUUAGGAAAAGGGCACAAAAAUUGAGCACUGAGUUUAGUGAUGCCAUAAGCCCAACUCCUCCAACCUCUGGGGAGAAGGACAUGUUAGAAUAUAUUGCACUCCACGGGAGAAUGAGGUAACCCAAUUCUCACAAAGGCUGAUCCACUUUGUGAAGUAUCCGUGAUCAAACUAAAGUAUGAGCUCCCAACAACUCCUGCGUUCUGUACUUUUUACAACCCAGUGACUCAUCUGUACAAUGAACACUGAUCCUAGGCCUGGACAAGUUGCCGCUUUAUAGCAUACUUCAACAGCUUCUUCCUGACCUGUUGAUAUCGUACUGAAUCAACAUGGGGACCUCAUGCGCCAUGAAGUAUCCACAUCAAACUGCAGCUUAUCUUUGUCGUGUAAUUUUAAAGUGGGUAUGACCCAGUCUUUGUUAAUAAACAGUAAUUAGUUGCUCCACAA